AUGACAACAACAACUGAAAGUUAUCAUACAACUUUUACAAAUUCAUUAAUUGAUAAUUCAAAUUCAGCAAUCAAAGAUGAUGAUCCAUCAUUAAUUGUUGCUAAUGUUACAAUUGAUGAAUUAGUUGAAUCAUGUUGUAAUGAAGUAUUACCAUCAUCAUCAUCAUCAUCUAGUCAAUUAAAUAGCAGUAGUAGUGUUUCGCCAACACAUCUUGUUCGAUUUGUUCAUUCACAAUCGUCACUUGUUAGUCAGAUAGAUGAAACAAAUAAUAAUAAUAUUCAACAAAAUCCAUCAAAUUUAAUUAUAUCUAGUCAUGAUAUAUCAUCUAUAAAACAACCGCCAUUUAUUAAUGUUGUUAAACGUUUACCAUCACCAUAUUCAACAAUUAAACCUAAAACAAUUAUUGAAUCAACAAAUUCAAUGUAUAAUACAACAAAUUUAUCAAAUAUAACAGCUAAUAAUAUAAGUGUUAAUAAUUAUAAUGUUAAUAUUCAUACAACAAAUGUUCAACAACAACAGCAACAGCAACAACAACAACAAUCUACACUAAAUAAUAAUGAUCAUUUAAUUAAAAAAUGUAAUUCAUUUGAUGAAAAACAAACAACAGAAAUUGUAACACAAAUAUUAAAAAAUAUUAAAGAAGUUGAUGAACAACCAACAACAACAAAUUAUAAUAUACAUAUUGAUUCAUUUAAUUUUUCAUCAUCAAUAAAUGAACAACAAUCAUUUAUAAAUAAAAAAUCACGUAUUAAAAAAGAAGCAAAAGCUUUAACAAGAAUAAUUGUUAAAGAUGAAUUAACACAACAACCAAUGUCACCAAAUUUUUUACGUACAAAAAAAUCAACAAAAAAUUUAUCUAAUCAUCAAAUUGAUAAUGCACAAACAUUAAUAGAAUCUAUACCUGUACCAUACGGAUGGCAAAGAAGAAUAUUAGCUACAGAUAUUGUUGUUUAUCUAAGUCCAACUAAUACAAUACUCGAUUCAUUGGAUUCUGUACGUCAUUAUAUUGAAUCGCCAACAUCAUGUAAAUGUGGUCUUCAAUGUCCGCUUAUUAUUGAUAAGGUAUUCAAUUUUGAUCCAACGAAAAAAUCAAAAUCUUGGGAAGUAGUACAAGUUCUUGAAGGUACACAUUGUCGACAAAAAUCGAAUAUAUUAGAAAUGGCAACAUUAACAAAUUGUAUUGAUUCAUUUUGUGAAACAGAACAAAAACCAGUUAAACGUCGAAAACGAAUACAUAAUGAAUCAACAAAUGGAAAUGUAUUUGUAUGUGCUUCAAAUUUAGUUGGAAAUAGUAAUAAUGAAUCAGUUGUUUUUGUUAAUAAUACUGAUCAAUUAUCUGAAAAUGGUCAAUCGAUGACAUGGACACCAGUACAACAAACAAAUGUAACUCCACCAUCGAAACGACCACGUGGUCGUCCACGUAAAUCAACUGUUACAUCACCAAUUAUAACACAACUUGCUGCUAAACCAUCCAAUGAUACAUAUCAAACUCAACCUGUUCCAUCAUCAAUACUUUCACCACCAGCAUCUGUUUCAUCAAUAUCACAAACAAAUUUUGUCCAUCGUAAUUCAACAUCGCCAUCAACAUAUCAUCAAACAAGUAAUUUACGUCAUAUUAAUGAUAAUGUAUUGACUCCACCAAUCUUAUCAUCAACAACAACAGAUACAAAUGUUAUUGCACGUGUUCCAUCUAUAUUUGAUCAAGUUAAAACAACUACAAAUGAAUCAACAUUUGCUGUAUUAUCAGGAGUACAAAAUGUGUUAUUAUCACCUAAUCGUGAUUCAAAUAAUAAUAAUGAUAAACGUUUACAUGUCGAUUCCAGUUCAUCAGUUGUAUCUACAACAGGCAAACAGGUUACAUUGAAUGUAAAUGCUCUAAAACCAGAUUUUGUUCGUUCAACAUCUGCUACUCCUAAGUCAUGUUUAUCAUCAUCAACAACAACAACCACAACAUCAAAUCAAAUUGAUGUUAUAUCAUUAAUGGGUACAACAAAUCAAACUCAAUUAGCACUUCCAAAAACGUCAACUGUUGUUACUGUACCAUCAAAAACUCAUGAUGAAUAUUUAUCAAUAAAAUCUACAAAUGAACAAAUAAAUGAAUCAUCACAACCAUUAAUGAUUGAUUUUAAUGAUCCAUCAACAACAAAUUUUCUUUUAUCAGCACUUGCAUCAGGUGCUUCAUCAGAUUCAAAUGCAAUUGUUAAUCAUCUUUUUCAAAAAGCACAAACACAACAACAACAACCACAACCAAUUACAUCAUCAACAACAAUAAAUUCUCCAACAAUAUCAAUUAAAAAAAAUUUACCUAUUAUUUCAUCCGGAGGAUUAAAAAAUUGUACAGAAACAACGAAUUUAUUACCAUCAACAACAUCAAUGCGUCAAUCAGUUGUAUUUCAUGUACCAUCAACAAAUGAUUAUAAUCAACAAACACAACAAAUUAUUUUUAAUAAUGAUGAUAAAAAACAACAUCAACAAAUAUUUUUUAUUAAUAAUAAACCAUAUAUCAUUCAACAAAAAAUAACUCAUGAUCAAUCAUCACAACAACGAUUAAUUCUUACACCAUCAAUUGCUCCAUCGAAUGAUACCUCUCAUUCAAAUCGAAAUAUUGUUCCUGUUAAUAAUAAUAGUAAUACAUGUGUUCAAUCAACACUUGAUGAUGGUGGCAAUUGUCUUUUAUUAAAUGGUCCUGUUGAACCAAAAACACUUCGUACAUUACUUAAAGGUUUAAAUUCAUCAUCAUUUUCCGGUGUUGAUAAUUUAAUUGAUACAAUAAAUCGUUUUGAACAUACAACACCAAUCAUCGAACAAAAUGAUAAUCUUUUAAUAAAAUCAAUUCGUACAACAGCAAAAAAAUCAACCGAUAAUAAACCACCAACAAAACGUCGUGCAGCAAAAAAAAUCAAACAAGACGAACAACAACAACAGCCACAACAACAAAUUCAAAUUUCAAUGCCACAACCAAUUAUUGUUGAACAACAACAUCAAUGGCAAACAGAUUUUAAUACAUUUGAUUUUUCAACAUCAUGGGGAAGUGAUACAAAUCUUAAUUCACUUUUACUUAAUGAUGAUUUUGAUACAGCUGCUUCAUUUGAUGAUGUUAAUUUUGGUGAUUUUGAACCGUAUAUGAAUGGUAAUAAUAAUGAUAUAACAUUACCAUCAUUAUUUGUUAAACCAUUACCACCCGAUAGUUUACCAAAUCUUGAUCAUUUAUUACCUUAG